AUGCAGCCGGGGUGUCUGCGCAGCGGCCUGCCGCAAGCUCGUUUGGCUCCCCCGUCCGCGCCCCAGAUUCCAGCUGCAGCCCUCGGAGGCGGGGGUGGCGGCGAGCCCGCGGCCUCAUCUGCGGAACUGGACGUGGCGGCCCUCGACGACGUCUACUGGCUGGAGGACUCGCGCGCGCGCGCGCUCCUCGGCAAGGACUUUGUGGCGUGGACGGCCGCCCGCCAGGCGCUGCCCACCUCCAAGGACGACCUCUCGCAGCUCAAGGCAGAGCUGUGGAGCGCCGUGGUCAAGUCCACCCAACACGAGGACGCGUGGACUUGGGGCGGCAUGCUUGUGGUAUCUGUCAGCGUUGCUGGCCUGGUUACUUUGGCUGCAAUGACCCAGCCAGCCCUGGCACCUGAAGCAAAACACACCCUGCUUCAGUAUGUGACAGGAAAGUACCUGCUGCCUGGGAAUUGUAAGGUGAACUUUGAAUGGGAUGAACCACAAGUUGUGGGGGAAACCAUGACUUUUACUGUAAAGUUCUACCAACGUAACGGACAGCCCUACCCAAUCUGUGAUACUGACAACCUGUUUGUGGAAGUGACAGAAGGGGCUCGGCGUGUUGCUACAAUCGCAGAACUAGGAGGCACCGAUCCUAGUGCUGCCAAUGUAGCUGUUGUAAAGUUCACUGUGCGGCAUGCUGGCCAGUAUCGUAUAUCAGUACUUAUAGGCUCAUGCCAUGUACAAGGAAGUCCCUUUAUCAAACAUUUUCUACCAGGUCCACCUGACCCGAAUAAGACAGUGUUUGUACGCCACAGCUCAACUGUGGUUUGCACUGCAGGGAUUCCUCAUUCCCUUACCAUAGAACCCAGAGAUGAAUUUAACAACUUGUGCCAGUUUAAACCCGAAGAUGAUCCCACCCAAGGCUACACCAUGUCUGUGACACAGUGUUAUCUGGCUGUGGUGAGACAGGCUAGUAAAAGGGCCUUCGGAGAGUGGGAUGGUGUUCCAACAGUGCAAGAGGCAUUGAAGGGUAUUGAGACUGCAUUACGAUACUUUGACACAGAGAACAAUGCAGACUCAAGCAUGAAGAGAGCACAAACUCUGGAAAAAUUACUAAUGAAAAAUGAUAGGCAUGAACAAAUUGGAUGCCUGGAUUCUGUUCCCUGUGGAGUAGCUUUCGACUAUGACCAAUCAUCUCAUCGUAUUAGUUUACAAGUUCGCUUUUCAUCAGAGGGGUGUUAUCAUGCAACUGUGUCAUACCGUGGUGUGGAAUUGCAUAAUGGUGACUUUGAUAUCAUUGUUUUAAGUGGGAGCGACGCUGCUCUAGUCCAGAAAAAUGUGGCGUCCAAAAACCAUAAUAUAUGUUACGAAGCACGUCUUGUGAGUGUGCAGGGUGAACGGCUUACUAAACCCAAGAAAGUAUUUUGUUAUGUGUCUCCUAAACAGUUAACUGUCAAGGAGUUCCUGCUCAAAUUUAUUCCAAAGAGACUUGUAACCUUCCGCUUGUGCCCUUCCACAAAGUUUCAUUUUCAAAGUAACAAUAACCAGUAUAAUCAACCUUCAUUUAUUGUGGAUGAUGGUUGUCAGCCUAAAGUGGAAUUAAUAGCCAAAGAUCGGAAUGUGAUUGCAGCCACAUUCACACAUUUUCUUUUGAAAAACAUUGGAGGCUCCGAGACAUUCAAAGAUAAACAAGAUUUCUUUUAUCAUGAAGUUCGGAAAUACCAUCAAAAGCAUUAUCAUGAAAAAUUACCCAUGAAGAUUCAAAGAGAAAAAUUGUUGGAAAGUCUUGAUUGGGGAGGAGUUAGAAGAGAAUGGUUUGAACUUGUUUGUUCGGCAUUGUUUGAUGCACGUAAUUCCCUCUUUGUUGGUUUUUCGGAAAGCCAACAGGCUUUAGUGCAUCCAAAUCCUCAUCGACCUCCUCAUCUCAAAUUAAAACAUUAUGAGUUUGCGGGCCGAUUGGUGGGAAAGUGCCUGUAUGAAUCAGCUUUAGGUGGAUCAUACAGACAAUUAGUGCGAGCUAGAUUCACUCGCUCAUUUUUGGCCCAAAUUAUUGGAUUGAGAGUACAUUACAAGUAUUUUGAACAAGAUGAUCCUGAUUUGUACCUGAGUAAAGUGAAGUACAUACUUGAACAUGAUGUUGAAGAUAUGGAACUUUACUUUGUUGAAGAAGAGUAUGAUCGCUCUGGACAACUUCUGAAGGUUGUAGAAUUAGUGCCUGGAGGCAGUAAAAUUCGUGUUCGCAAUAAUACGAAACAUCAGUACCUUGAUGCACUGGCCCAGUACAGGUUGGCUACAUGUCUAAAAGAUGAAAUUGAACAUUUCUUGAAAGGUCUCAAUGAACUUAUACCAGACAACUUGUUAAGUAUUUUUGAUGAAAAUGAACUUGAGCUGCUCCUUUGUGGUACUGGUGAAUACAGCGUGGCAGAUUUUCGAGCUCAUCAUGUGGUCAAUGGUGGUUCCCCCGAGUUCCGUCGCAUCCUUGACUGGUUUUGGACUGCUGUUGCCAAUUUCACCCAGGAAGAAAUGGCACGACUCUUGCAGUUCACAACUGGCUGCUCCCAGCUUCCUCCUGGAGGAUUCGUUGAGUUAAGCCCACGAUUCCAAAUAACAGCAGCACCAACAUUUGGAAAUCUCCCUACUGCUCACACAUGCUUCAAUCAACUCUGUUUACCAGAUUAUGAGAGCUAUGAACAAUUUGAGAAAGCCUUGCUUUUAGCCAUUAGUGAGGGCACCGAAGGCUUCGGUAUGAUCUGAGGCUUGAAACUGCUGAAGCAUAGAUGUUUGAGUGAAAUAUCUCCUUUGAGCAUUUUGAGGAACAAGUUCCCUAGGCCAGUUGCCAUUCUUUACUCAUAAGAGAGAAGCAUACUGCUGCACACAACAAGAAUUGUUAACCAUUCAGUGAAAAUUUUGUUUUACAUAUUGUCAAAAUGUCAUGUCAAAGAUUAUGUAAUUUGUUUUAUUUAUGUAUUACUCUGAUACUAAUUGAUUGUAUACUAAAAACAAGGAAUGUUUAAAUAAAUGCAAUUAGUGCAUUUUAAAAUUGCUUGCUUCAGCUGCCUUUUUCAAAAAAAUAAUGAAGAGUAAUAAAUUACAUUUAAUUCUAUAUUGUUUAGUUGGGAGAUGGUUCUCUUUUUGGAAAAAGAAUUCAAAUUGUCCUGAAGGUGUGCAAAUAACUGGUAUUAAAUUACUGGUAAUAUAUGAAACAAGAGUUUCUUGGGUUUAAAAUAACAAUUUUUUAGGUUUCUAGCUUUCAUCAAAAUACAAUUUCUUUGUUCAUUUACUUCAGUCAGAGAACAAUGGUAUUUUUGUUGUAUUACAACCCAAGAACUAAGGCUUUACUUGUUGCUUUGUAUUUUGGGAAAAUACGAUUUGUCACAUGCAACAUGUACAUUGUAAUUUCUGUUGGAAAAUGAUACAGGAAAAACAUUAUUUAGUGAUUAGCCAUUGGACCAUGGGCUGAAACAAUUUAAUAUUCGUAAUAUCAAAAAGACUUUUAUAGUAAAGUAAUGCAAAUAAAUGCGAUAUUGGUGCUAAUAUCAUUCUGAACUGUGAACUUUUUCCUUUUCUAAGCCAAAAAAAUUAUUUUGAUUGAAAGUACUUUAUGUAGCAUAGGUUGUCCAUAAACUUUGACAUGUGUUAAUCAGGGAUAUAUAAAUCUCCUGGUUUAUUAUUACAUAAUUGUAUUCUCAGUGAUGAUGCCUAUACAAGAGUGUUGCAGUUAGAAAGCAGAAUGGGAGGAGUUCAGAUGAUAUCUACUAGGCUGCCAUGUUAAGUUAUGAAUAGCAAUUGUGUGAUGGUAGAACAGUAACCCAUUGUAAAAAGUUUUGGUCAAUACCCUCUUGACAAAUAUACUCUUCCCUCUGCCCACUACAGUGACACUUCUGUGCCUAUAUACUUAAAAUCAAAGUGUCAUUGAAUGUAGGUUUAAUAUUCAUUAUGUACAUGUUUUAUGAAUGACUGUAUUCCAGUAGUCAAAUAAAAUACUUCAUUGUAGUUAUUAUGUUCUUCACUAAUUUUUAACGACUCUCAGUGCAUUUGUAGUUGCACACCUCACGUAAAUAACAUUAACAUCAAGAGUACGAGAAUUGAAUUUUAAAUGAGUAGUUUUCAACAUCAGUAUAAAAUUAGAAUUUGAGACAAUGUUCCUUUAAACAUUCCAAAAUAAUCUACAUUCUUACCCACCCGUGUAAUUGCCAAUUGCAAAAGAAACCGAUUCUUCUUCUAGUCAUGGUGUUGGCAGUUGUGAACAGGGACCAUAGUUGUUGAGUUACUAGGCACUGCAGCUGCUAGGGAUCAUGGGAACUGACUGAGGAAGUUCUAGUGACUGUUGACUAGUCAUGAACAUUCCGUUGUGUCCUUUUCAUUUGCUCAAGCAAGACAAAGCCUGUAUGCUGUACAUACAAUGAAUUGUGUCUCAGUCGUUUAUAUUUUGUGAGGAUCAAAAUCACCCUUAUAUAAAAUUGCAAUUUUUCCAAACUGUAGUUUUCUGGUCAUAAAUCUUGGCUUUGUUUUGACUAAUAAAAUCAUGUUAAUGAGAUGUUGGAAAAAAAUAAAUACCAGUAAUUGUAGCUCUGUAGCAACUAGGCUAAUAUUAAUUCCAAAGUAUCUUUCAACUUUAUUUAAGAAAUUUCUUAAACAAAUUAUUCACAAUCUAUUGUAUCAUACAGACUUGAACUUGUAUUGGCAAAUUGCCAGCUUUAACAGUAAGGAUCCAUGUUUCUAGUGUAAGCUAGAAGAUGCUGCUAAUUGUGAAAUUGCUUUCAGUUAAAGUUUUCUAAAAAUGUUAAAAAGAAUGAGGUUUGAAAUUUAUACUCAUACAUUUUCAUAGUAUUUGUAAUAUUGAUUAUUUUUUAAUCAUACAACUAUUUUGGAGGCAGUGCAGUGUCUGGUGUACAGCACAAUUCUUACAGGUUUGCAUGCACUUCAAAUCUUCCCAGUGUACAGGAUUUGUAGAUUGUGGAAUUCUUUUGAGUCAUUAUUUUGAGGUGAAUAUUUUACCAUGUCAGGUUUCAAUCGGAGAAUGAUAAAUUAUAUUUAAAAAAAUGUUUACUAUCUCUAUGGCACUGAAAUAAUGAGAAAUGUACAUAUUAUAAGUCCACUUACUUGAGUACAUAAUUCUUAGAGUGUAUUUUAUAUUCAGAUAUAAUUUAGGCCAGGGUUGCACAACUUGAACCCUCAUAACAUGCUAGUCUGGUUCAGUAAUGCCCAGGCAAGAAAGACUUGCCCCAACACACCACAACAUCCUGGAUCACAAGCUGAUGCAUCAUAACGCUGAGACCACUGAAUGUGUAGCCCUGAUUUAGUAUUGUGUAUUAAAUUAUAAUUAAUUUAGUAAAAGGUAUUGAAAUGUUUAGUUAUCAUGGUAAAAUGAACAUCUUUCAUUUUCGCAAUACACAAGAAAAUGCAGCUAAUUAUUUAACAUAUAUGUAUCAAUAUGUAUGUAAAUUGAAGAAUGUGUAUUUGAAACCUUUUACCUGUAUUGUUUGAUCUUAGGAGUUAGGUUGAAUGCAAAAAUGAUGCAAGUUAAUUGCUAAUACAGUUGUGCAAUUCUGUGAAGGGUUGCACAACAUUAUCUUCUGAUUUAUCAGAAAAUAGCAUUGACUACAGUGAGAUUUUUAGUAAUUGUUACGAAUUGUUGCUCCUUCAAAAUAAAUGUAUUUUUUAAAUAUAUAUUACCUAAAGUUCUCCCUCAAUAGAUGAUUAAAAUUUUACCAAAAGGUUUUCAAGUAUAUCCGAUGUAAAUUCUAGAUUUACUUUGUGAAGUUUAAGCAAAAGAUAUAAGUAUUUAAUUUUCUGGUUUUGAAAUGUUUUUGUGCAAAUAUUUCAAAGAAAAUAUGGAAUGUUCUUGGUUUUGAAACAACUCUUUGAAUCUUCGUUCAAUAUUUAGUUAGUUAUUAGUACCCAUUUAUACCCUAGCAUUUUUAAUUUUCUAUUUUUAACUGCAUGUCAUUUGCAAAAGACUCCUCAAGGUUAGAAUAUUCUGAUAUUCAGGAGUAUAUUGAUACUUCAAAAAUUUCUGUAUUUCAAUUGUAAUCUGGAAUUCUUUAAUUCUAAAAUUUCUAUCAGUUUCUGUGCAUGUAUUCACAUAUACAUCCAUAAAGCAUGCAAUAAUCCAUGGUUUUAUAAUUUUAUAUUUCUACUUUUUAGAUGAUUAUAUUUUAUUAAGUUGCACUUUUAUUUGAAUAAUAUUUGUGAUGCAUUAAGCUGAUGUAUCUGUUAUUCUUGCGUAAUUGAAUCUUUGUACUUUUCCACCUAUUAAUUCAAUGCUUCUACAUUUCCAUGUUACAAUUAAAAGAAGAUAAUAUUUUGAGGAUUGAGUGCAGCAAAAUCCAACGGGAUUACCAUUAUUGUGUUAUUAUUUCCUGUGUGAGGGUUUUUUAAUUUAAUUUUAUUUUAUUUUGUAGAAUCAACUGUCAAGUUUAUGUAUACUUUUCAAAAUAAUACUUUUAACAGCACUUCUCUCAUUAAAAAUAGUGUUAGAUUCACAUAAUAUUUUUGGUUAAAAGAGAAGUUUAAACAAAAUUUCUCCAGAAUUUUCACUUUUAUUUUAAUUAAAAUACUUCACUAAAAUCUGCAGACUUUUUGUUUUGUGUGUGUAUAUAUUGUAGGAGUUGUUUUACGUAAUGUAUAGAUAGAUGAUAGUGACUAGUAAUUUUCGCUCAGUUUUGCAGGUGAUACUUUCAUGUUCACGCUUAUUGCAACAAGUAUCUCUGGUUGUAUAUCAUAGCUUCUACUGACCUAAACAUUGAUAUGUCUUCUAUUUUUAAUAAAAGAAUGAUUCUUUAGAAUCUUAAAAUGAUAUUUUCAACAAAUACAUAACGGUUUGCAUGAAAUUCAAAAUUUGCCCGAUAGUAAUGGUCAAAGAAUUGAAACUUACAUGUACAUUAAUAUUAUUUCUAAUUUACAGAAUGAAAAAGAUUUUAGUUUAAAUUUGGAGGUUUUUUUCUUGUAAAUUUGGCAAAUGCAAAAGUUUCAAUAACAAAUGGUUUUCCUUAGAAGUAGUGUUCUUUUCUCUUUCUCUUCCAUUUUUCAUUUAAAUCUGUUGAGUACAUGCAUUGGAAAGAGUGUGCCAAUCAAAGAAAAUUAUACUUUACUAAUCUUUUGGAGUUAUUAUUGAUCUCAUUAGAAGGCAUUUUGUACUGCACACACUGCACUACCUCUGAUAUUUAAAAAAAACAACUGGUUAUUUAUUGCCUUCUACUCUGGAGGAAUUAGAUUUUGUAAUGUUAAUUGUAAUUCAUUGAAAAGAAUGGGAAGUUAUAAUUUAUCUUUCAAUUACCAUAAGUUAGAUUUAUCAGUGAAAGUAAUCUCAGUAGUCUGAAUUAUUGAUUAUCUGUACUUAAAUAUAUAUCAUUAAGUCAACAAGUAAAACCCUUUAGUAAAGCAAACAAAGAAUUAUAGAAUCUUACUUCAAUCUUUUUCAUUAAACAAUAUUUGCAUUUUUCUUUUCUCCAUUUCUAUUCAUAGUAAUUCAAUGGUUAUAGCACACUUAUAUGAUAAAUUAAAGUUUAUUUAAAAUAUGUUGCAUACAUCCCUUGUGCUGAAAAAAAAAACAUUGCAAAACAGAAAAUGUUAUAUGGAGUAUGUAGUAAAUAAAGAUAAAAAUGAGAUUUUCCUCUUAUUCCUCUAUUAUGAUAAUUUUUGUCUAAUUCAUCCAAUCAUGCUUCAGUCAAAGUAUUUGUUAAACGUUUAUUUGCUAUUAACUUUAAAAAUUGAAAUGUAUCAUUUUUAUGUACUUGGAAGUACCAUUCUAUAAUAUAUUUUAAUGUCCACUAGCAUUUGUUUAGUAACUAUAAUGGCAUGAGUUAAAUUUGAAAGCACCAUACCAAGAAAUACAUAUUUUGGCAUUGAUUUGAGAGAGAAAAAAGAAAAAAAUAUAAUGUUAAUUUUGUUUAGAAUUAAAGUUUUAUUUAAACAGGGAUGCCAAGACGUAAAUAAAUUCUUGACUUUGUAGGAGAUGGCAUGUCAGACAAGAAAAAAAUUUGAAAUUUUCAAACGUAUCUUUUUAUAAUUGUAGUUAUUGCAGUUUUUUAUUUCUACGUGAAUUCUUUUGUGUUUACAAAAAAGCUACAGGUGAAUAACCAAUCAUUAGCAUUGCCCAGGAAGUAAAAUGCACUGUCUAGAGAUGAUUAUUUUGUUUCUUUAUUAAAAAUCACUUGUUUUCAGUCAUUGCGAGUAUGAGAAAAAUAAUAUUUGUAAAUUUCCAUCUCAAAAAUUUUCUUCAAAAAGUUUGAAGUUUUGUGAUCUAUAAACAAUCUUUUUUUCUUUUGAGUUGUUUGUAUUGAAAAUGUGUCUACAGCAUUUUUUUCAUUUACAUUUUUUAAUGUGUUCUAUUUUAUACCAUUAUUUUUCUUGGUAUGUGUACUUCUCAAGUUUGUAUGUAGUUUUUCACAAAAUAAAAAACAAGAAAAAACGUUAUAUUAUUUCGUGCUUUAUAUACCUAUUUUAUUUAGUAGCAUAAAAUAUAUUUUUCUAGAAAUUCAAGCACUCCUAUGCAUAAUUUGUCAUGGACCUGUGUUAAUUCGCAACUCCAUUUUAGAAAUAGUAAUUUUCAUCACCUCUUUUGGAAGAUGUUUCCUUAAAUACUUAGGGAGGUAACACUGUGAGAAUGCUGAUAAAUGGCAUCAUAUACCUUUAUAUUACUGUCACUGCAGUGAUUAGAAGAUUUUGAGAGUGUAUAUGCUCACUGAGUUCUCAAAUUGACAUUUUAUGUAGUAAUUUAAGAUUAUAAUGCCUGACAUUUAAGUUUUUGUGCAUAUUAAUCACUACUCUUGGGUACAAAAGGAGUCAUGACUACUUGUUUUCACUUUUGGGAUUGUGUGUUUAAUACAUUAUAUUUAUUUAUUGUUUUAUUAAUAUGGUAUGUACUUUCAUAUACAAUUAUUUCAAGCUUGUGUGGAUGUGAAAAUGUAAAUACAUAUGUGUGGUGAAGUGUUUGCAUAAAUUGUAUAUAAAAGUAUUCUAGAAUAUGUGAGGAAGAGUAAGCUUUGCAGAUAUAUUUACGAUAUUGUGUGCUAAAUAAAAAUACGUAAUACAUGCAAUAAUUAUAUUUCUAUUGAUUGUAAAUUUCACAUUCAUAUGCAGAGUACAUUUAUAUCCAUAUUUUCACUCUUUGUUAAAAAACAAUCUUGUAAUUAAGUUUAUGUGGCAAAACCUUUUGUCUUCGUUGAUAAAAGACUGGAAUCACCUUAAAAUAUGUUUCUGAGGUUUGAAAUCUAGUUGUGACUUGUAUUGCAAAUGUACCCAAGGGUAAUUACAGCCAUGUGCCAUAAUCUGUCCAUAGUUUAUAUACGUAUGCAUAUAUGUGUAUGUAUAUUUAAAUCUACUUGCCAGCCUGGAGAAUUGUUAUAUUAGUGUUCCAGACAUGUGCUGUUAAUUUAAUUUGCUUUCUAGAUAUGGAAGUAUUUUGUGUGCAAAAUAUUCAAGGUUAUAAUCCUCUUCUAGUUGACAAUAUUUAUGAUUAUAGCAAUAAAAUAUGAAUUACAAGAAAGAGGAAAUAUUUAUAUAAAUAUAUAUAUAUAUUGUAUAGAACAUGUUAUAUGAUAAUGUAAAAAU